AGGCCCGGCAAAGCCUAUUAGCCCCACCCUCCCCUCGCCGCUCUUUCCGGCAACUCUCUCUCUCUCUCUUUCUCUCUCUCUCUCUCUGAUAAUGGAACCAAAAUGUCAAACCCCCCCGCCCGCACCUUUUUCCUUUUCGCCUAUAUAACUCUCUCCUCCACUUUCUCUCUUCACUUUCCCCUUUCGCGUUUUCUCCUCCAUUGAAGAAUCUCCUUCGUUCUCGCCUGUUUUUCUUUAAAGAAAACUCUCUGGGUGUUGUUGUUAUGCAGAAAGAUUACUUCUUUAAUGGCGGAGGAGCUCCGCCGCCACCUUUGCAGUUUGGGCAGGCGGCUAUGGCGGACUGGGGGUGUUCGCCGGAGCAGUACGGUCAAUUCUUGUCGCCGUUCGCCGCGGACAUGUCGGCGGCUUACGCUGAGAACAAUGAUAAUAACGUUAAUAAUUACAAUACUACUGACACUUCUUGCUUUACUACACCGGCGCCGCUCUCCGGCGGCGCCGGUUACGUGGAGAGGACGGCGGCGAAGCUCUCUUGCCUCGGUAGCCGGAGCUUUAACAGUAGAACGGGUCAAUUCGGGCUGAAAAACGGUGACUUGCCGUGCAGAUCUAAUGUUCAGUGCAUUGGGAAUGCAAAGCUGCCUAGAAUUUCGAGUAGCCCUUCUCUCAAGCAAGCUGGAUCUCCCGUGCAAAACAAGAAUUCCGGCCCGUCCCCGCCGGAAUUGGGCCCGGGAAACAAUACCCACCAAGAAUUCUCCCUCCCCGACCAAACUCCGACCGAAUCCAAUCCCAGAAAAAGAAAACCCAUUUCAAGAAGAGCCGCCGAGGAAGAUGAUGAUGCCAAGGGAACUGAAACCGAUGAUCAUUCACCUGCAAAGCGAUCCAAAUCAGCAGAAGAAGCUGGGAAUGACAACAAUGGAGUCAAAACAGAGGAACUGAACAAUACUGCUAAUGCCGGAGACGGCAAGCCAAACCAGAAGCCGCCGGAGCCACCAAAGGACUAUAUCCAUGUCAGAGCAAGAAGGGGUCAAGCUACAGACAGCCAUAGUCUUGCAGAAAGAGUAAGGAGGGAGAAGAUUAGUGAAAGAAUGAAGCUUUUGCAAGAUCUUGUACCAGGCUGUAGUAAGGUAACUGGGAAGGCACUCAUGCUUGAUGAAAUUAUAAACUAUGUACAGUCACUACAGAGACAAGUUGAGUUCCUAUCUAUGAAGUUAGCGACAGUGAACCCGAGGAUGGAUGUUAACAUAGACAGCCUCGCCCCGAAGGAUAUAUGUCAUCCUGUGUACCCUUUGGGUUCCUCAGCCCCAGCUUUUCAUGGUCAAGAACAGUAUCCACCUGAGCAGAUUCCUCACUUGCACACGAAUCUUGUGAAUGGGGCAGUAAGCCAACGCCCCGUGUACCCCCCGUUGGGUACUUCCCCGAGCCCGAGCCUAGGAAUGCAGUUCCCUCCCGGUGAUGGAUUUGGCGAGAAUCUCAAUCAGUUUCCUUCGUUAUUUGAAGACGACCUGCAAAGCAUUGUCCACAUGGGAUUCACUCGAAUCUCUAGCAAGGACACAUUAAACGUUCCUCGUACUCAUCAAACGAAAACGACGUUUCAAUCACAGUUCUUCCACCCUCGAUAUCAAACUCCACACGGAGAAGAGGCUAUUGUACAUAUGAAGAGAUGAUUCACUCGAGAUUGUUAUUCAUCAUAUCUGAUUUUUCUGCUGGCUCAUCAGCUGUUAGUGAUCUUUUUUUUUUUUCCUCCCUGCCCGGAUUUAUUUAUUAGGAUCUAAUUUAUAAUCUUUAGGGAUAGAAUUAUAUAUAUAUAUAUAUUCUUGUGCAGAGUCUUUUAACAGCAGCAUAUGUAAGAUAUUGUUCCUAUGUAAAGCAAUGCAAGAACAGAUAUGUACUGUGAACUCAACUCAUGAGCUUUCAAUGUCCAUUACUGUUUCUUCGACUG